AUGCACAGCAAUGGCGUGUCUGCCAUCGCUCAUGAAGCCGCGAACCUUGCCAUCGACGACCAAAAUGAGAUGCCGAUCAAUCCAUUUACAGCAUUCGAGCCUGAUCCACCAGCUGCACCGAAGUUGAAAAGCAAAGGAGUGGUCUCUAUGGAAAUUACAAAACAGUUCGCUCAUGCGGCUCAGCAGCUCGACCUUGGCCAGCUCGUCAAAGAUCCGUUCUUCACACUCUUCGAGUCUGUUGGCGCGUUGGAGAUCAUGGACCGAAAGAUGGACAGCGGCUACCUCGAACCUGGAGAGACUAUGGAAGACGAGUUUGACUUUGAUCAAGUCUUGCUCCCAGAGGAGAUCAUUGGCAUAAUCGAUCAACUAAUGUGUCAUGAGAUGGCAUGGCACAUGGGCCACCCUCUCGCGCAAACUAUUUUCACUAGCUUGUAUAUUGACAGGAUCCUAUCGCCGUGCCCACUAAAUCUCGAUCAGACCUACUUUGACCGGCGUGAGACUUGGGAAGAUGAACCUGUUACUCUCCAGAUAUUGAGGGCCUAUUGUCUUGGCCUCAUCAAAACUUGCUACUACGUCAACAAUCGGGUCAAGUCGGAGCAUACAUACGAGGAGGAGGACUUUGUCACUCACACUUUUCAUCAGAACCUCCUCGAGGAAAUCGAUCAUGAAGCAAUCGUUGGCUUUCUUGCUGAAACCAUCGACCUGAUUGCAGAAGCCAAGCACAUUGAACCAGUGCUUAGGAAAUCAUUGGAAUGCCGACUGAAGUUCCGGCUACAGUUCCUUCAAGCGGUGGAAGCUGCCGAUAGUAGAACAUCAGAAAAUCCAAAGCAGUUGUGGUCAGACCUUUUGGCAUUUGUACCAGAUCUCAAAUCGACUCUUCCUUUUGGAAAGCCUUUCCCAUCAUCAUUUAGUAUCAAGAUACAGAGAAAGCUAGCGAGUACUGUCCCGCCGCGACCGAUCGUAGAGGUCGGUCAAGAUACCGCUUUCGAGCAUUUGGAAAGACUUUGCUUGGACGCGUCUGUAGCGGUAGAAGUGUUGAAGUACUACGACAGUCAUAGUCUUCUGAACUUUGUGUUCCUCUUCCAGGCUCGAAAACCCCAACCGUCGGUUUAUGUAAGAACUUUGCUACAGCACUACAUUUUUGCAGAGAUGGUCAUUCUGGGGGCAUUUUCUAUCCGGCAUGUUCUGGAUGACGAUCUUGCUUCAACUGUACUGCCCUCGGACCAACUCCUAGACCGACUCAACGAUGAGAUUGAGGUACCUCAUGAUCCGAGACAUCACAUGGCUGCUCGCAUGGAAAUCUUCCGGUCUCGCGCAGCUGGCUCGUACUUGGACAUUAUGAGAACAAUAUGCCAGAAUAGAUGUAGGAUACGGCGCACCUUCUGCCACACGAUCGUUGAUUGGGAUAACCUCCAGAUGGAUGCCGAAGAAUUGGAUGUUGAGCUCCGGGAGUUCACCAAAGAGCAACCGAUCGUGGAUCCAGAAAUUUCGAGUGAACCCAUCUACUCUUUUCCACUAUCGUCUUGGUCGUACUUCUACAAGCUGAGACUGAUGGAAUGGCUAGUUCAAUUGGGGUUCGAGCUCGAAACUUAUCAACCGGAUGAGCUCGCAGGAAUGUACUGGUACGUGCAGUACCUAACAAAGACGCGAAGUCGUCACCUCGAGCGAAUUAGAGGUUUCGUUGUGCGGAGCUUAAGAGCAUCCCUGCAGAAUUCCCAAACAGCAGCAGCUAAACAUCCGGAAUUUAUGAACUCUCUGAGCUUUAUCAAUUUCUCCUCAACGGAAGCUGCUGCUACGUACGGAUUCUCUGAUGCCUUAUCGUGUUUAUUCACAGUUCUCAGCCGCCUGUCCCUAAUAAGAACACCUCCAAGGCCAUAUAGCGACGACAACAUGAGAUACGAGGUGCGAAUGAAGCCAUUCCAUGGUAUUGGUCUUCCAGAAGUGCCGCCAUUCGACGAGUUCACCAGAUACGUCACUCAACCCGAAACAUCAACUCUUGAACUGCUCAAGUUCGCCAGUGAAUCAGCUCUGGGAGCAAAGAAGGGAUUUGAAGUCCUCAGCAAAUUGACAGCUAAGGAGUCAUUCUCCCAAGGAUCCCACGAUGCCUGGAUAAGCAAAAUCAAGGCUUGUCUGAAAGCUUGUAUCUUCACAAGCAUUACGAUUGCCACGGUGAAGAAAGCUGUCGAAGCUGCAGGAGAGGAUGGAGAGGGCGGGAAGGUGAAGCUAAAGGUGGAGAUACCAAACUCUGGGAAGGGAUAUCAUGAUUGGUGGGUUGUGCCGAAGGUUAUACCUGUACUAUGA